AAGAAGUAUUUUAUCCCAAAUUUUUUAUUGUUUAAUGUUUCAAAAAAUUCGCAAAUUUAAACAGUUUUUUUUCUUCGGAUGAUUUGACCCAGCAAUACAAUAAAUAUGAUUUCUUUUUAUUUCAGACGUGUUAGAUUAAAGCUUUAGACCAUGACGUCAAAACUGUUAUGGUCAUUUUUGGUCCUCACCCUUGUGACAGAAGUUUCAUCGUGGACGCACACUGAAGUUUAUAAGACGAUCGGUUGCUACAACGACAGUUUGGACCGUGCGAUCCCUACCCUAGAAGGAACGGAUGACAUCCUGGACGGCGACUUUCGGACGAGAAAUGAUUCAAUUUACAAAUGUUAUGAAGUGGCCAAGAAACUAGGCUUCAGAGUUUUCGCUCUUCAGGCUGGUGGAUGGUGUGCAUCGAGUUCUACAGCCGAAAGAACAUUCAACAAAUAUGGAAUGUCCUCGAACUGUGAAAAUGAUGGUGAAGGUGGAACAAAUGUUAAUCAAGUCUAUUAUAUCAAAGAUUAUAGAGGUUUUGGAUGCUAUAGAGACACCGAAGAUCGUGCAAUUCCAACACUUGAAGACACAGACCCAGUCUUGGAUGGCGGGGCAUUGUUUUACCGCAGCCGUCAGAACGCAAUUGUCAAGUGCGCUGUCGCAGCUCGCAAAAGAGGUUUCCCUGCCUUUGCAGUUCAAAAUGGUGGAUGGUGUGCAGCGAGCGCUAACGCACUGGAGACGUUUAACAAAUAUGGCAAGAGUAGCGACUGCACAAAUGACGGCAAAGGGGGUCAUUAUGAAAACAAUGUUUACGUCUUUCAAGAUGAAGCUAACACCGUCAGAGUUCCAGAUCCAAUCGCCUUUUAUCCCCUGAACAGCAAAUAUACAACACGGGAAAUAAAAAAUCGUCAAACCCAGGGUACCCCUGUUGGUGUUAGCAUAGCAGCUGGGCCCGAUGGCAAGGCCGGUGGCUCGUACCAAUUCACGGGACAAAGCAACAGUUACAUCGAGUUCCCAAAUAAUGGAGGCUUAGAUGCUCAACACUCCAUCACCAUGUUAUGUUGGGUGUAUCCUGAGAAUACAUUGGACACUGCUCUCUUAAAAGAUUAUACAGGUGUUGGAUGCUAUAGAGACACUACAGAUCGUGCAAUUCCAACACUUGAAGACACAGACUCAGUCUUGGAUGGCGGGGUAUUCUUUUACCGCAGCCGUCAGAACGCAAUUGUCAAGUGCGCUGUCGCAGCUCGCAGAAGGGGUUUCCCUGCCUUUGCACUUCAGGAUGGCGGCUGGUGUGCAGCGAGCGCUAAUGUACUGGAGACGUUUAACAAAUAUGGCAAGAGUAGCGACUGCAAUAAUAAAGGCACAGGAGGUCCUUUUGCAAACAAUGUUUACGUUUUUCAAGAUGAAAUUAACAGUAAGUGUUUUUCUCAGGAGUACAAAGAAUGUAAAACAUAA